CAGAAACGGCGGAGAAUCAGUUGAUUGAUGAGAAUGUUCCCCAAUUGGAGGCUGCUACGGGCGGUGUCGCUGCCCUUGGAGGAUACCCCAGUGAACAAUGGGCCAAAGACAAGGACGAUGCCCGAAAAGCGCUCAGAACUGCUUCUUGGGGAAUGAUGUUCUUCAUUAUCACCACGGAUGUCAUUGGGCCAACGAACGCUCCAUAUGCUUUCUCAACCGUUGGGUUUGUGGGUGGAGUUCUGCUUUACCUCGUCUUCGGUCUUGCCGCAUAUUAUGGCUCUUUCCUCCUGCUGAAUCUCUAUCUCAGGCUCGACUCGACAAAAUAUCCAAUUCACACCUUCGGUGAACUCUUCGAAGUCUUCUUCGGCAAGGUCGGCCACUAUCUCGUCUCUCUGAUGCAGAUCACCCAAAUCAUUUUCAUCGUCGGCUCCAACAACAUUGCGAACGCACAGUCCAUGACGUUGCUCACCCAGAAUCGAGCGUCUGGGCCCAUCUGUUUUAUUGUCUCUAUUAUCAUUUGGGCAGUGAUCGGUUUCGUCAACUCGGUACCAUUCCGGUCCCUCAGGAAGUUGUCGUAUAUCUCCAGCUUGAAUGUCUUCCUGAACAUCUUCGUAUGCUUCCUGAGCAUGGGCUUCAUUGCCCAUUCACCGCCAAACUACGCAGCAGCUAGCUCGACAUAUGGAUUUACCGCACCUUAUGCACCCAUCGCGACCACUGUUUUAGCCCCGCCUGGUCCGCUCUCCAACUCUGUCAAUGGUGCCAUGAACAUGGUCUUUGGUUGGUCGGGUCUGAUGAUAUUCGUCGAAUUUAUGAAUGAAAUGCGGCGCCCGUGGGAGUUCUGGAAGUCGUUCACCCUGGCUGAAGGCAUUGUUCUCUUCAUGUAUCUCCUUUAUGGAGCGUAUGUGUAUGGGUUGCAAGGUCAGUAUACGUUGCCGGUGGCAUACCAGGGUGUAUCGUCGUACGUUUGGCAAAGCAUCGGUAAUGGACUGAGCUUGUGGACCUACACCAUGGCAAGUGUAACAUACCUCAACAUCGGAGUCAAAAUCAUCUACUGGCUGCUGUUUGAAGAGUGUUUCCGCGGACCGCCCUUAAUGUCUACCAAAGGUUUCUUCUAUUGGACGGCUCUACAGGCUCACUGCUGGAUUCUCAGUUUCGUCAUUGGAACCGCGAUUCCACAGGUUCAAACCAUCCAGGCUCUGAUCGGUGCCGCCAUUCUGCUGCAAUUUUCUUACACGUUUCCUCCUCUCAUGCAGUUUGCAUUCGACGUUCAAGCAGACGCAUCUAAGGAGGAUGGAGUGUAUUCGCCCGUCUCUGGCGUUCAGCGCUACGAUAGCUGGUGGUCAGCGUCUCGUUGGAGACGUGGUCUGUUCGGAGGUGGCGCCAAACGAGUCGCGUACAAGUGGUUCAACGCCGUCUUCUUCAUCGCUGCGCUGGCAACCUCUGGUCUGGGUAUCUGGGGAAGUGUCGAAACCAUCAUCGCGACGUUCAAAACCAGCGCAGCGACUUCUUUCGGAUGUACUGCUCCGGUGUGAAGACCGGCGCAGUGAUCAGUCUCUCCUCCGAUUUCAGUCUACGUUCACUAGUCAUUUCCUAUAAAGUUAUGCAUAUGUCACAACGCCAAGAAGUAGU